AUGCCCUGCUUCAAGGGCAUCGCAGUCAGCAUACAUGCUAAUUCUGCCCCUCUCAACGAGUUUGGCUUGCAGAAACAGUCCCGCCUCUCUCGCAUCAGCACCUACAUACCCGUUCCACAGCCUCAGCUGAACUCCGACACCGGUAAACACGAGGCAGCCAAAUUCGCCAUAUCCAUUACGCUGCUGACGCCUGGCCAUCCAAUCCCCUACUCGGCUCCGAAGCCUUCGGCUACCAACCCCUAUCCCAAAUCUCUAUAUGCCGGAUCUUUGCCAUCGACAAGCUCCGAUCCUUCUAAACAUGCCAACGCAAUCGUACCGUACAUUCCCAUGACAAACUCGGAAAACGAGACCAUCGCUGCCUACAUCUACUUCGACGGCCGGGCAAAGGAAGAAGUCGCUACGUUACUCCGUCCCGGCGAAGAGACAUGGGUCAAUAGCCGCUGGGUUCAGGUCCCUGAGAGCGAGGGUGGUGGUCUUGCCGAGAGGGAGUUCCUGUUUCGCGAGGUCGGCCUCGAGAGAUGGCUCAAUGGUUUAGACCUUAAAGGACAUGACGCCGCAGAGAAGGUAGAGAAGCGAAGACAGAAGUUCGAGCGACGUCAUCGUCGCCAGAAGUCAACGUCUCAAAGCGGUGGUACAGACCUCGAGAAGCCCAAUCGCGCCCGUGACGCACUAGCCUAUGGUGCAGACGAGCAGUCACCGCUCGGUAGUCCCGAUGGUUCAGAUGACGACUCGAUGUCCGACGAUGACGAGCCUCCGGAGGCCACUGGCCAGAUCAAGGUUGCGAUGUUCAGAGUAAUAGCCUCUGGUGAGAUUAAGAAGGGAGAGUACUCACCUCAGUUCGACGCACAUGAUGACGACGACGAGAGUGACGGCGGUAACAAGGGGGGAAACAGUGGCACAAUUGACGCGGAUGUCGAGCACACCACGAGUUUUGCCAAGCCCAAGACGUUGGAUCCCAAGACGAUCAGCACGCAAACUGUGACCGGUAUCGACGGUCCAGAAAAGCCGUAUGCUGUAUUUACCUUUUUCUAUCGCGGGCAGAGGCAGCUCUCGAAGAUGGGGUUGGAUCCGAGUGCCAAAGACACCCAGAAGACCCCAGCGGGCAAACGACGGUCGACUCAGUUGGACUUCUCGGGACUCGGUCCGCUCAAGUCGACUGGUACCGUUGGAUUCUCAGCGUUCAGAGACCAGGAUGCCGAAGCAGCUAAACGACGCAAGGCUCGCCGGAAGAGCAAUGGGCACGCUGGCGCCGAAAUGGAUGAAGACAGCGAAGAUGAUGACGACGUUGACGAUCCUCUCGCCAAAAUGGAGGACACUGACGAUAAGAUCGUCAAGACUCAUCUCGCACCAGAGGAUGCCAAGGUCACAGGGGAGCUGCAAGCUGGCAUAGACAGGAUUCGGCUCAAGCGACAACAUUCUGCGGAUCCAGACAGUGCGGCUGGCUCGAGUUAUCAGAAAUCUCCCAGCACUGACCCUACCAAUGCUGGAGAGGCAACACCCACCGAGACAACGCAGAACGAUCGACCUGUGCCUGAUUCGGUCUCGAAUCUCCUAUCGAAAGCCUUCAAUGAAGAAUCGACAGUUGGAAGUCCAUUGAAGAAACAGCGGGCAGGCGACGACUCACAAGAUCGAUCAGCCAACUUCCCGUCUGCUCUGGGCGAUGUGCUAGCUAGCGCCAGCGCAGACCAACAGCAGAAGCAAGCUCAGCAGCCUAUGGUUAAGGACGAGAAGGACGAUGAGGAGCUUUAG